CGCCGUGCCAGCUGACCAGGCAGGAAUACGCCGGCCGUUAUAGUAUUGUCAUUGGUGGUAGAUAAUGCGGGGAAAUAUUGGAGUUACUGUGGCUAUACCAGAUAUAGUAGCGGUUUCCUAUCAAGGCAGAUAGGAUGCGAUGGUUAAAAAGGAACCUACCGCAGAAGCUGUAUCCUGACACCUAUUCUCUAUUCUAUUGUAUCCUGCUAAGAGCCAACAUGGAUGGGCCAUUGGUUAACGAGACCCCAGGCACUGUCAUCAUCCGGGACGAAAAUGACGAAUCUAAUGCUAUUCUUCCUGAGCCCACUCCAACAGACGACCCAAAUGAUCCUUUGAACUGGUCAAAACCCCGCAAGACAGUCAACUUUGCCAUUGCCAGUUUCUAUACUCUGGCAAGCUUCGUCUUGCUGGAUAUCGGAACGGUUGUAUGGAUUCAGAUGAAUGCUGAAGUCGGUCUCUCCUGGGCGAAUCUUAACAAUUCAUUUGCUCUCAACCUGGCCGGCCUGGCAGUCGGGUGUAUAUUCUUCAUCCCAUUCGCGAUCAAGUACGGUCGUCGUCCGAUUUACAUUCUCAGUACAACAGUCCAGUUCGCUACGGCCAUUUGGAAUGCCAGGGUGAACUCAACUGGAGAGCUGCUCGCCGUUAAUGCCGUGAGUGGUCUUGCCGGUGCCGUCAGCGAGGCGCUGGUGCAGAUGACUAUUGUAGACGUCUUCUUUGUACACCAGCGGGCCUCUGCCAAUGCCUUCUAUAACAUGAUGGUAAGUGCCGGCGCAUACCUUGCCCCCGUUGCUGCCGGCUACUGUGCCACCGCGCAGGGCUGGAGGUGGAUCUGGUGGUGGACAACUAUUAUGCUGGGCAUCAACCUUGUAUUGUUUGUUUUCUUCUUCGAGGAAAGCAAAUACAUCCCAACUUUUAUUUCCCAGCCGGGAGAAGCCACAAAAGAGGUAGAAGUAGACGCAGCCUCUCCUAAGAAAGGCAAGGUCCAAGGUGUAGCCCUCUCUCCGAGUGUAGAGUCGGGGGAUGGCUUCAGGAAAAAGUCUUACCGCGAGCGAAUGGCAUUCAUAACCAGGACAGACAACUCGCUGAUGGAGAACGUGAAACGCCCGAUACUCGUCCUUGUGGGCUUUCCUGCUGUUUCCUUCACAGCUCUGGUCUGGGGCACCUUCUUGUCGUGGUUCUCCGUCAUCGUCACGACUCAGUCGUCGUACCUUUCCUACGCCCCGUACGAAUACAACUCUUCGCAGAUCGGCCUGUUCAAUUUACCCCCCUUCAUCGGCGGUAUAUUUGGGGCUGCCUUGGGAGGGCCCAUCAAUGACUGGUAUAUCCUUUGGCGGGCGAAGCGAAACAACGGGACUUUUGAGCCAGAAACGCGUCUACAUCUCUGUAUACCGGCGAUCUUUGCGACACCGCUGGGAAUACUUAUUUUCGGCGUCGGAAUAGCUAAGGGCUGGCCAUGGUGGUCCCUCGCUUUAGGGAGCGGUAUCUUUGGCUUUGCAUUCUUCUGCACCGGGGCCUGUGCUCUUACAUACGUCGCCGACUGCUAUCAAGAGAUUGUCGGAGACGCCCUGGUUGGCGUUGCAUUCGUGCGCAACGCCCUCUCCAUGGUUAUCGUGUUUGUGCUCACGCCGUGGAUCGAGGCCACAGGGCUGUUGAAUAUGUUCAUUGCAGUGGCGUGUAUUGCAACGGGGACAAUGUUGACAAGUAUUCCAAUGAUCUUAUAUGGAAAGAGGAUGCGUAUGUGGACAGCGAGUCGGUAUCGCAAGAUGGCUCUGUUGCAGCCGGGGGCAAGGAGGAUCUGAUCGGCAUAUGUUCACUCUAUUUACCGAUAGAAUAUCCGAAUUUAUGCAACACUGGAUCCGUAUUAACCAGUAAUCUGAAUGUGAC